AUGGCUCCGCGUAUUCCUGCCGCAAAGUCCACCGAGACUCUCUGCUACGGUGUCGCCACUGUCGGUGCCUUUCUCCCCAUCUACCUCAUGCUGCCCGGCGCUGAGCAGCGUCUCGCCAUGCAGACGACAAAGUGGGCUCCUCGCUGGGAGCGAAACAUCUCGUACUUCACCCCGGCUGCUGAGAGAGGCAUCAAGCGCGUUGAACCCCCUGUCUCCCGCAUCGUCAAGCGCAUCGAUGACAGGCUACCCCUCGAGAAGAUGGCCAAGGGCAUUGACAAGCGCAUCAAGAACGGAAUCGAGCGCUUUAACAACACCAAGUAG